AUCCCACUGGCAAAGCCAAUUGUCCUUGUUUUUCUUUUUCUUUUCGCCCUGAAUUACCUCUGGUUUCCUGUCAUACGUGUAGCUCGAAUCCUUGAAGCGAAUCCCCAUGAUUUAACUCCAAACCAUGUCGAAGAGCACCAUCAUCAGCCUUUACCAAACGGUUCGCUCCGAAGCUGCGUCAAUUUUUCUUGCCACUUUCAGACUCAACAUUGCGAUCAAAUCAUGUCUGUGUGAAUUGCAAUAAUUGGCAAAUUAGGGUUAGGAAAUCAGGCUUUGAUGAAAAUGUCACAUGACACUGGUUCUGGUCGCGUUAUCGAUAAAGGACCAAUCACGAGGUCUGCCAGAGAGGCAUUGUCGAAGAAAGUGGUUGUGAACCAUUCUACCACUCCUCAUCGUAAGUCCGAACGGCUUGAGAAGAGGACACCGCCAAAGCUUGCAGUUAGCACCAAAUCUGAGAAGCAGAAGAAGAGGAUGGAGAGUCCGAGUCCUUUGAGAAGAUCUGAGAGAACUAGGAACGCUUCUCUUUCGGAUCCUUCAGUUUCUAAAUCCAAAAGUUCGGGUUCGAAGACGCCUUCGAAAAAGCACGUCGCUGCGAAGCACUCGGCAAUUGAGGCUAGCGAUGGCAGCGAGGAUGAGGAACGUGACAUGGAAGCUUCCUCGAAAAUUAAAGUUAAGAGAAUGGAUGCGCGUGCGUAUCGUGCUAUCUUUGAACAAGCAAACAAAGAUUGCCUUGGUGAGUCAAGUGGGGUAGAUAGGUCAACUAAAGAAGGUGAUGAUGAGGGUGGGGGCAGGAUUGAUGAAUGCUUUAAAGGAAAUUGUUUAGAUUCUGCCAAGGAUGAUAAAGGUAGUUUGCCACCUGAAGAUGCCAAAGGCAAAGAGAUGAGAGCUGGGUCUAAGUUGAGUGGGCCCGUGAAAGAACUAUUAGAGAAUAAUGGUUCUGCUGGUUCAUUGCUACCAUCUAAUGCCACAACUCAUGAGGCCAGUGGAGCACCUGAAAAGGUUCAGUCUGGUUCCUGCAAAGAGGAGAUGUCAGGGUCAAGGGAUUCCAUUUUAAAUGAAAAUUUGAUUAGCAGAUGUGCUGAGCAUGAGAAGGGUGAAAAAUCAAUAUCUUCUAAGCGAAAAAAAACUAUGGUGGACAUGCAUUCAGAUGAUUCUGAUGUGGAUAGGUCAACUAAGGAAGGCAAUGGCGAGGGUGGGGGCAAGACUGAUGAGUGCUUUAAAGGGAACUGUUUAUAUUCUGCCAAGGAUGAUAAGGGUAUUUUGCCACCCGAAGAAGCCAAAGGUGAAGAAAUGAGUUCUAGGCUAAAGUUGAGCGGGCUUGUGAAAGAACUGUUGAAAAAUAAUGUGACUGUUGGUUCAUUGGUACCAUCUAAUGCUGCAACUUAUGAGACUAGUGGGACACCUGAAAGGGUUCAGCCUGAUUCCUGCAAAGAGGAAACGUCACAGAUGUCAGGGUCAAGGGAUUUCAUUUUAAAUCAAAAUUUGAUAAGCAGAUGUGCUGAGCGUGAUAAGUGUGAAAAAUCAAUAUCUUAUAAGAGAAAAAGAACUAUGGUAGACAUGCAUUCAGAUGCUUCUGAUGUGGAUAGGUCAACUAAGGAAGGUGACGAUGGGAGUGGGGGCAAGGCUGAUGGGUGUUUUAAAGGGAAUUGUUUAGAUUCUGCCAAGGAUGAUAAGGGUAUUUUGCCACCUGAAGAUGCCAAAGGUGAAGAGAUGAGUUCUGAGCCAAAAUUGAGUGGGCCUGUGAAAGAACUGUCGAAAAAUAAUGUGACUGUUGGUUCAUUGGUACCAUCUAAUGCUGCAAAUCAUGAGACCGGUGGAACACUUGAAAGGGUUCAGUCUGAUUCGUGCAAAGAGGAAACAUCACAGAUGUCAAGGUCAAGGGAUUUCAUUUUAAAUGAAAAUUUGAUUAGCAGAUGUGCUGAGCUUGAUAAGGGUGAAAAAUCAAUAUCUUAUAAGAGAAAAAGAACUAUGGUAGAUAUGCAUUCAGAUGCUUCUAAUACAUUGGUUGAUGAUGGCAAUGGCAACUUGAUGGAGGAUGCUUGCUCAUCAAGGAUAUGCAGCAAUCUUGUGGGGACCAAUGGGCCAUGUUCCAAAAGGAUAAGGCAGAUCUCUUUACCCGAUGUGCAAAGGGAUCAGAGGAAAUUGACCAAUAAUGUUGAUCAUUCUUCUCCAAAAUCUAAUGGUGAAAAAUUGUCUACUAGGAAGAAGGAAGGAAAAUCUGGAGGUUCAGUGGAAUCCAAGAUAACUGAAGGGAACAUUGUUGAACCUGAGAAAAUAAGGACACAGCAGAGGAACUUACAUCUUUUACUGAAGCCAGAGAUAGCAAAUCUUUGUGAAAUUCUUUGUCUUCCGGACAAAGUCAAGAGUAUGGUUGAAAGUUGUCUUGAAUAUACUAUGAACAAUUAUCAGAUCUGUACUGAACCAGUGUCAAUAUUACAGGCUUUUCAAUUAUCUCUGUGUUGGACUGCUGCUGCUUUGCUAAACCACAAACUCAACUUUGAAGCUUCCCUCUCACUUGCAAAGCAGCACUUGAAUUUUGACUGUAAGAAAGAGGUGGUGGAUGAAAUCAAUUCAAGGCUUUGGGAUCUGAAAGAAAAUUUUUUGUCCCUCACAGGAAAUUCUAAAGUCACUGGCUCAACCAAAGUGUCUGAAUCAUCAAAUGGGGUUUAUUCAUAUACAGAAGUAACACCAGUGGUUGAAUUGCCCGAAAGAAAUAAUUCCAAAAAUAUUGAAAACAUUCAGAACCGUACACACCAGUGGGACGAGCUACUUCUGAUGCAACAAAAAGAGAAGCAAAAAUUGAAAAAAGAUAUUGAGAUUGAAAAUGCUGAUUUUGUGAGGAGGUACAAAAUUGAGUGGGCAGGUAUUCGAUCCUAUUCUCCUAAUGAUGUGAUGAGAAAAGAAAAACUCAAGGUAUUCAAUAGUGAAUAUGUUAAGAGAAUUGCAGAAUUGGAAAGGCAGCAUGAUAUACGUCUAAAGGAUCUUGAGGCCAUGCAAUUAGAAGCAAGGCAGAAGUUCCCAGAAUCUUCAGUUCCUGAUGAUUUGUUAAAUACAGCUGCUUCAAAGGAACUUGGGACUAGGCCUGAAUCCUUGCAAACACAUGAUCAAGCCCAGAAUCAUAAUGCUCCCAAAGCCAUUGUGUCUGAUCAUGUUGCUGAAAGAAAGAGUUUUGAUAUAGUUGAAGUUGUGACAAGAGCUGGAACUGGGGUUGGAUUAUCUGAAGGUCCCAACACUAAUUCCUGUGUAAUUGUACCAUGCAGUAGCCCAGUUGAACUGGAAAAUCCUCUGGUCAAACAUACUGGUGCUAGUGAGAUGGACAUAGUGGCCUCCAAAGAUGGACCAGGAUCUGAAAAUAAGUGCAAUCAUGCUGCUGAAAAUGAAUAUGACAGUCAAGGAAAUGUCUCUAAGCCUGCCAACUCCAGAGAACAGUGUUCUGAUGGAGCUAUUAACAUGGAAGACAAAAGUGAAGGGGGUGUAAAUUUCAGUUGUCAAUCUCGUGAUGACUGUGGGCAGGAUGCUACACCAUCAGUUCCUCUUCCAUCUAAUGAAGAGACUCAUGAGGGGAAAACAUCAGGUGUUCUGAGUGGAGAGGUGGCUCUUGCAGUGUGUAAAACCAGCAGUUCAAAUAAUGAUCAUGUUGAAGUUCCUUCUUCUGGCCAAGGGACACUUAGUGGAACAAUAGUGAGCAAGCCUGUUUGUGGUUUAUCAAUAGAAGUCAAGGCUAAUGGUUCCUAUGAUGAUGUGAAGAAUAUGACCCCCUUGAAUUCUGAAUCAUCUGAAGAACAUAUCCCAUGUAUAAGUACAAUGUGCAUGUCAAAUUGUGAGAAUGCUGCACAAAUCCAUGAGGUUGAUGGCAAUAAUGGUUCCAAUAAUGCUGGGACUCUGAACUCAACUUUGUCUGAUGAAAUAAUUUCCUCCCAGAAUCCAAAAUCACCUCAAGACCAUGCCCAUAAUGUAAAUAUCAUGUGCUUGCCAAAUUAUGAGAAUUCUGUACAGAUCCAUGAUGAUGAUGAUGACGGCAGGGGUUCAAAUAAUGUUAUUCUGAAUUCACCUUUGAUUGAUGAGAGAAAUGCUCAUGGGACCAUAGUAUUAAAUAAAGAUGUACAGGUGAAAAUGUCCGAGACUGUCAAUUUUACUCCAUCCACUGAGCAAAUAUCUGGAGGUGCAGUAGAUGUUCUAGUUUUAGAUAACGUGUUGUCAAGACCAUGUGGCGCUGGUAGUCCCAGCAACAGUUCUGAUGUUAAUGCUAUUGUUCUUUUGAAUCAACCACAGGAGAAACAAAAUCCUGAUGGAGUGUCAUCAAUUUUACCUGCUGGAGAAAUCCCAAGUGAAGUGUCAGAAACUAGUCAUAAAGUGGCCACUGAAAAUGUAUUAGAUGGGGAGGAAACUGGGGGAAUGCCCAGAACAGUGAAUUGUGCUGAUAAUCUUGAGAAUGUAGCUCCAAAUUAUUUAUUGAUGGAUCAAAUAUCUGAUGGUGGUUCAGUUUUAGAUGUAGUUGUAUCAUCAGGGCCUUGUACUACUAGUCCAAACAGUGGUUGUGCAUCUACAAUUUCUCUUUCAAAUCCACUUUCUUUACAGCAACAAACACACGAUAGAGUCUUGUUGACUGGACCCGAUGAACAAAUUCCAGUCUUGGUGCCAGAAAAUAGCCAUGAAGAGGCUGAAUAUCAAUUAACAGACAAUGCAGCAGUGGAUAAAAGUACCACAUCAGACCAGCAGGGAGGAGUAUGUAGAACCAUGACUGAAAACAGUGUGUCCCAGCAGACUCCAGUAUCUAGGUCAGUUGAUUCCAUGGAGCCUCUAGAACAAUUGCAGCCAUUAUCAUCUGUAGACUCCCCACCUGACCAAGAUAUUGGAAGAGAAGCACAGGACACUUUGGUAUCUAGUCCUAUUGAUAUUGUACCAACUAAUCAAUCCAUUCACGUUUUACCAGUCAUGGAGCCUCCAGAGCAGGAGGGCAUAUUACCUUCUGAAGGUUUCCUUUCUUCCAACCAGGCCCUAUGUCCUUUGGUGACUGGAACUGAAGACCAGCCAACCAAUGAAGAUCUUCUCCCCAGCCACAAUUCUGGGACAUCAAUUGAGAUUCAAAAUCAAGCUAUUGUCCAACAUGCGUCAAAUUUGGAACUUGAGUCAUGUUCUCGUCAAGUUGUGCAUCCAGCCUUAAAUUUGGACCUUGAUUCACCUAUGCUUUGUGGAGUCAGACCACAGUCUUCGGACAUAAGAAAUUUGCCAACUCAAGCAGAGAUUAAUAAUCAUCCUAUACAAACUGCAACCCAAUCAGCUUCCAUGCUUGUUUUGUGCCAGGAUCCGCUUAAAAUUGAAUUGGAAAGACUACGUAGAGUGACAGAGCAAAAUAUGAAAAACUAUGAAAAUAUGAAAUUGCAGUUGAAAUGCGAUUUUGAGAAGGAAUUUGAGGAACUUCGAAGGAAAUUUGAAAAUAAGGGCAAGGAGAUUGAGAUUGAAUUUCAGAAAACAAGGAAGAAUCUGGAUGCACAUCUUAACAUAGUUCUUGUUAAUAAGAUAUUGGCUGAGGCUUUUAGGGCUAAAUCCAUGGAUCUAAAAGAAGCUGGUGCAUCAGGAAUGGCACAAGAUGCAAGUCUUGGGCAGCAAUUAUUUCAGUGGGCAAGUCAGCAAAAUGCUACUCGGCCCUCUCUAGUUGCUGGUUCAUCUUCCUGUGGCCCUCCUGCACCCAUUUUGCAGGGUUCCUAUGCAGCAACUAGUUCUCAGACGAUAGCACCACCAGUACAGGCCACUUACAAUACAUCAGGAACUUUCUCAAGUGUUUCUGCAAGACUAUCUCAUAUCAACUCCAUGUCUUCCCCCUCGGGAAAUCUUCAAGCUGUUGGGGAGAUACGUUCUCCUGCACCGCAUCUCCAGCAUUUUAGACCAUCAACCUCAACAUCUGCCCCAGCCUCCAAUCUCUGUACAGUUCUCCAUGGGAGGCCAAUGCAGCCUGCACCCAGUAACGUUCCUGUGACUUCUUCCUCAUUUGCUCACAGGCCACCCCGGCCAACACCAGCAACUUUUCAGUCUGAUCCUCAUAGGGGGUAUUGCCCUGUGAGUACAGGUGGGUUACCCAUUCCUAAUUUAACUACCAUGAAUUUACGUGCUGAUGCUAACAGUCAACCUGGUACAAAUCUGCCAAAUGUUCUGCCACAUAUGCCAGAUUUGGCUUCAUUGAACCUAUCCAAAUUUGGCACAAGUACCAGCGUGCCGACUAACUCUGCCCCUCAAGCUACAUCCCCUGAUGUAGUCUGUUUAUCAGAUGAUGACUGACCACAGGAAGCGUUUAACUAUCUUCUUGCAUAUUGUCCUAACACUAGGCACUGAUAUAGCUGUUUCAUUUCGCUAAUUGAGGGGCUUCUAACAUGAAUUUAGGUGGCAGAUAUUAUUGUGAUGGCGAUGCCAUGCUCACCUGUUUUUAUUGUGUUUUAUUGUAAUUAUUAUUUAUCUUAAAUGUAUACCCAAUUGUAUGGUUCUCUGGAUCACAAUGGAUGCGUGUCUGCUUUUCCUUCUGGGAGAUGAAUGAGUGUUAAUUGAAAUGAAGCAUGUUGCUGUUCAUAUCAUAGGUAGUGCUAUUUUUUAUCUGAAAUUAUGGUUUUAUGUAAAUAAAUAUCUAAAUAUGCUCCUCCCGGCCAAAUAAUUCGUUAAUAAACAAAUUAAGAGUACCUUUCUGCACUAUGGAAAAAUUCAUAGUGCCCU